CCAAAAUAAGCAACUAAAAGUUAAAAUCUAAUAAACCAAUCAAUUAAGCUUGAUUCAAGACAUACGGCAUAAUAAGGAAUAAAUCGCUCAAGCCAACAAAUUAUGACAACUUAUACUUUAAAUAAAUAACCGAACCACUAUGGCACGCAAAUCGAGGAAAAGCAAAAAGACUCGAAUUUCGAACAAAAGGGAUGAACGACCGACUGACGGCACUCACAAUAAUAGACUGAGGUAAGGACUAGGGUCAAAAGCUAUCUCCUCCACUCCCAUCGGACAUAUAAGGCACGCUCAGACCUGUGAAGCCAGGUGGAGACGAUACCCCGUACCUACCCGGUACUUGUACCUGCAAUAUCCUGCAUCAUCGAAGCACACAUACAUGCAUACAAAUAUAGAAUACACGGCACGCACACCGAUGAAGGAGAAUCGCGACGUUCCCUGUCUCAUCGAAACGAGUGAAGGAAAAUCGUCCCCUUGCAUCCAAUACAAUAGCAAACACGCAACAUAUAUAUGACACAUCGCCUAGAUAAAGUAAGAUGUCAGUACAAGCAAUAAUCCAUGAAAUACUAGAAAUCACCAAUACUGAAAUACUGAAAAUAACUCAUGCAUCCAAUAUCCAGAUAAACAUGAAAUAAUAUCAAAUAUGUCUGCAAAAUGUCGAGCAAUAAAGUGCCAAUUGAAUAGGAAACUGCAACACAAAAUCAGUCUAAUAAGUCCGAUCGAGAAGGGGUACUACAAAGCAUAUGAUCAAAGGAAGGCAACAAAAAAGAGAACAGCAGAGGCAAUGGCAACCCCAAGGGCAGAUUUGAGUUCUAUAGGGUCACAUACUGAUACAGAUGUGGGGGCAUCAAGUUCUUCCUUUGGGCCAUGGAUACGAGGAACGGGAAGUGUGGGCAGCCAUAUGGAAAACUACUUUGUUCCACGUAACACUCCUGGUGCACAACCUGGAUUGCAAGGCACUGCAUGGAAUAAAGAGGCUCACCGACAGACAAAGGUGGCAUGUGCUAGAUUUUGGAUCUACAAUGAUAUUCUGUUCAAUGUUGUUUCUAGUCCAUAUUGGGACCAUUUGAUCACCGCAUUGACUGUUGCAAGUAAGGGGUUCAAGUCCCCAAGUUGUUAUGAGAUGAGUGGGCCGUUAUUGCAGGAUGAGGUCCAAAACAUUCAUGCAUUAGUGGAAGAGCAAAGGAGUAUUUGGGAAAAGAAUGGCUGCACCAUUCUUUCUGAUGGGUGGACGGAUGGUAGGAAUAGGACACUCAUUAACUUUCUAGUUGCUUUAGGGGGACAGUUAGUAUUUUUAAAAUCAAUUGAUGCCUCUAAUGAAGUGAAGAAUGCAGAGACCUUGUGCAACAUGUUGGAUGAGGUGGUGAUGGAUGUGGGAGUGCAGAAUGUCAUCCAGGUUGUGACUGAUAAUGCAGCUGCAUAUGUGGCAGUCGGCAAACUUCUAAUGGCUAGGCAUCCGACAUUAUUUUGGAGCCCUUGUGCUGCCCAUUGUCUUGACUUGCUCCUUGAAGACAUAGGGAAACUAAGUUGGGUGAAGAAAGUGGUUGAAGAUGGAAGGAAUAUCACCAAAUACAUCUACAAUCACACAUGGGUCCUGAAUCUUACGAGAGAGCACACUGAUGGUAAGGAUGUUGUGCGAUCGGGGGUCACACACUUUGCUACCAAUUUCCUCACCUUGCAAAGCAUACUAGCUGCAUUGCCCAACUUGAAGCGGAUGUUCGUGAGUGAAAGAUGGUUGGGGAGUCCUUAUGCUACGAAGCCUGAAGCAGAGAAGGUUGUGGUUGCCAUUUUUAAUUCUAAUUUUGCCAAGAUGGUGGACGAGAUCAUCAAUGUAAGUUUUGCAACUUUAAUUGAUGAUUUAUUAUUUAAUUUUCUAAAUUACAAUAUGCUGAUUUUGUUAAAUUUUUUUAUAUCUAGGUGUCGGAACCGUUGGUGAGGGUGCUACAAAUGGUUGAUGGGGAUCAUAACUCCAUGGGGUAUCUAUAUGAGGCCAUGGAUAAGGCCAAAGAGGCGAUUCAACACUUGUAUGGGUCAAACAAGACCAAGUAUGAACCCAUAUGGUGCAUAAUUGAUCGGAGGUUGAACCAUCAACUCCACCAACAUAUUCAUGCUGCUGCCUACUACUUGAAUCCCAAGUUUUUCUACUCCCCGAGUUUCAGAGUAGAUGCAGAGGUUAAAUUUGGCCUCGACACAUGCUUUCGGAGAUUAGUUGAUGAUGAGAACCUUCGAGACCUGAUACUUGAUGAGUUGCAGAGCUAUAAGAAGGCCACAGGGCCAUUGUUUUCUUCACCUGAUUGCAAACAUAGGAGAGACACCCUACAACCAGAUUUGUGGUGGGAAGAUUAUGGUGCCACAACGCCUAAUCUUCAAAAGCUUGCCAUCCGCAUAUUAUCGCAGCCUUGUAGUGCUUUUGGUUGUGAGCGCAACUGGAGUGUUUUUGAGGCCAUCCACACAAAAAAGCGCAAUAGGUUGACUCAACAACGCUUGAAUGAUCUUGUCUGUGUGCGGUACAACCUUUGAUUGCAUGAGAAGAAGGUGAAAGGGCAAGAUUCACAUGAGGCACUUGACUCUGAUGACAUUGAUCCAUAUUUAGCAGAAUGGGUUGUUGCUCCUGAUGAUGUUGAUAAUGAUUUGGAUCCAUUCCUUACUAAUGAGCAGCUAGAUGAGUUGGAGAGGGCGGGAGAGGAAUGGGAUGCGGAAGUGGCAGCACGUGACGAGGAGGAGUGCGAGGUUGAUCAUGCAGCAGAGGCACCUAUUGAGGCACCUAUUGAGGAUGUUGCCAUUACUUCAACACCACCCCCCCAACAACAACAAUCUGUUUUGAGUUUUAGUCGUACUAGGCGCAAUUUAUGAUUUCUCAUUUUCAUUGAUACCAAAACUUGAACUUGAUAUGUAAUCAAAAUUUCAGAGGUUGUUGUUUUGUGGUCUAUAACUCUAUGUCACUAUGAUACAUUGAUAUGUAUUGAA